AUGUGGAAAAAGGCUUUCAGCCGCCCACGGGAACCAGUUAUUGGAAGUCCCAAACUCAUAGGAACGACUCUGAAUCAACAGAGUCUGAAGGCUAUGCCGCGCAUUCCGGGAGCUUUGCAUGAUAACUCGACCAACAAGAGCCUGAAGAGUCUUCCGCCACUACCAGUUGAGGAGGAGGAUCCAGAUGCAUGGACGCCCUAUCCCGAUCAUCCCGCAUACAGGAACUACGACUCCGAAGACCUGGAGAGGGAUGUGGCAGGGCAUCAUUCGCGCCAGCAGUCCGCUUAUAGCGAUAUACGCUAUUCCAGUGGAUAUUCCGAGGCAAAUGGAACACCAGAGAUCUCACCUCCCGAUUCUCCUGCCCAGGGAGCCGCCAACCAGAGACGACCAGAUUCUGACGUAUCCUCUCUGGAAGAGGAAGCAAGACAGCCGGUGGAGUCUCCGCAGAAGGGAACCAGGUUCAGUAGUCAAAUACCUAUCCUGCGCAAGACGGCAAGACAAGCGCCGGAAAAGACAAAGUCGGAUAUCUACGCGGGAGGCGCCAUGGCGAGGGAGAUUGGCAAUUCCGAACAAGCGUCUCCGGCGAUGCAUCACCACAGCUUCUUUGGAAGAAACAAGGAUCCAAACCGAGCGGCGGAGAAACGCAAUGAUCACCAGAAGGAUAGCAAGCCAACGGACCGUCACUUCUCGGCUAGUCUUGGAUUCGAACCACGCACAGUCACUACUAUUACAAGCGGGGGAAUGCCCAAGAAGCUCAAGAAAACCCAUGUGCCUUUUAAGUCCGAUAAACAGAAGACACAAACUGCCGGGGGAGGGUUGGAAGCCCAGGCUUCUAGUAGCCGCCUCCCUGACCCUCCUGCGAAGUCCCCUGAUAAGCAUCUCAGUGAAGGAUCUCCUAGCCCGUUCAGGACAGAUAAUAAUGCGGUUACCAAGUCAGCCAUCGCCCCAACACCAAUGAUGGCCAGAGACGUCGUGACUCCACCAGUGACCGGUACGAGCAACACGCGACCUGUCUCUGAAAUGCCCUCUUCAGUGAUGGGAAGACGCCGCCCGGUUCCCAGUUCGGCAGCCUCCAUCAAGAGCACAACCAGGAAACCAACACCUUCUGAAUUCCAGGCGGACAAAUACAAGUCUUUGCCGAUGGCUCCCAUUGAAGUCAAAUAUCAAAGUCGCAUCGACAUGCUGGAGGCAAAGCGAGAAGAGCUUAAGCGCCGUCGCAUUAGCAUCAACGCUAUCAUCCACGAAUUGACCCAGGCUGUGCAACCGACUUCCACUGUGUAUGAUCUAGCCGCGAGAAAUGAAAUCAAGAAGACUGUCUCCAGUCUCAACGAUGAGCUCGCCGAGAUCAACAAGGAGGAGCACGACCUUGGUUUGAAGAUCCUACGAGCUUGGAAGAAACGCGACGAGGAAUGCGUCUAUGAAAGUGGGUCGAGCUUAUGGGUCAAACGUAUGACUAGUUGA